UCGGUCAAGUCGCACAGACGAGUAGUAGUGACUUAGUCAAGUAAACAAACAAUCAAGUUGAGUGAAAAAUAAAGUGACCAAUAUUUUCAAAAGUGACAGUGUUUUGUUUUAUUGUGAAUUUAGUACCUGCAUGUGAGGUGCAGUUAAGGUAAAACAAUAAAAUGCAGCGGUUGACUGUAUCUCACAAUAAAAUUGUCGUCUGAAUAUGACUAAAAUAUGAGAUGCCUUCCUGACAUUUAGGAGCUGCGAGCGACAGAGCAAACACACAUACACGACAUGUAAACAAUCGUCGCGAUGCUCCUAACCAUCUGCAAAUCAUGCCAGUACUGCCUGGAGACUAUGUACUGGAAAUGCUGCGAAGAAAAGUUCUGCUUUGACAAGAAAAUCGCCGCCUACAAACUAGACGAUGAUAACCCGAACGCGUACUCGAACGGCUACGCUAACAUGGGUGCGAGCCUGGACAGCGUGGUCACGGAGCAGCCCACCAACAACAACCACCUGCAGCAGCGGGACAUCAUCGGGCGUCAGCUCAACGAGCUGCCUAUACAUGCUGACAAACUGUAUGAGGUAUUCUCCAAAUCUAUGAUAUUUAGAGAUGACCAGGAAUUAAAAUCAAAAGGCAGCGACGAUUCACUUGACGAACUAGAAACGAAAUCUGAACCAGACUAUUUAGACAAACCAAAUAGAACCAAAGUAUAUUUCGAAGAUGAAGUGGAUUCUCCAGUCACCGACUUUGAAAUUAUGUUCAAAGAUGAACUUCUCGCAGGUCACGACAUGUUCAAAAUAGAGGAAGAAGAGGAAAGUGAUAGUAAAAGCCAAGAUGCUGAAGAGGGCUUAGUUAUGAAUGUUGAAGUAAAGAAACAGGACGUAAUAAAACCUACUACAGUAACUGUCAAAGAUGAAUCCAAGAUUACCACCCAAAGUUCCAUUUAUAAGUACGAUCCCGUGUCAAUUGUGGCCUUACCAUCUACACUGUCUUUACCAAGAGUAGAAAGCGUUAAGGGAAUUCUAAGAUUAAGAGGUGAAAGUAUGCCUAGAAGUUUCAGUGCCAGGACUUUGGAAAGAGUAGACAGUGGCAGUAGAUUAGCCAAACCAAUGCUUAACAGAGUAGAGAGUUUGAAAAAUAUAGACCCUAUGAAAAUGAAUAAAGUUUUAUCACGAGUUCCACACAGGAGCGCAUCUUUCUUAAAUAUACCAGAACAUUUAAUACCAGAGAAGCCUCCUUUAAUGAAGAGUAAAUCUACAAUAGGUAUGACAUCUUUAGAACAAGAUGUUAAAUUAGGAAGAUUGCCGGACACACCAAUAAUCAGGAGUAAUAAUCUGCCGAGAUUCUUCGCCGAUAGUCCUUCACUCCCGGAAUAUAAGGGUGAUACGAGCUUGCAAAGCAUUAAACAGAAAUCUGCUCAAAUGUUGCAAGAGGACUAUAGUAUGCCAAGGUACUACGGUGCAGCAAUACCAAUGGAUGCAGUGCCGGUCCAUGAAAGCAAAUCUAUGCCUGAUUUAAGGAGCCCCACCUCGACUGGUAAAGUUAGUAAAAGGUUAGUGAAAUUACGAAGCAGGCUGAAGCCUCUGGUUAUUAGAAAGAAUUCAGAUGAGAGGUUAUAAACAAAACUACUUACUGAAUUAGAAAAUCUACUUGCUUCUUUGUUUAUGGAAGAUGAUGAUUUUGUAUUAUUUUGAAUCGGAUAAGUAGGUACUGAAACGAACACAUUAUUUACUAUACCUAGAUAUAUUUGUUACUCGGAAACAUAAAGAAGAAAAACAGUCUAGACAAUAAUUUACUAAAAUCAGAUAAAUUGUGAUGAAUGAGAAUAAUUGUGAUUUAUUAUGGUAUAAUAGUAUUAAUUUUAGUUAAAAAUUAUACCUGCACUGGUGGCCAUUUCCAAUGUGCAAUUGAAUUGUUUCUAUACAUAAUUAAAAAUAAAUUUCCUAAGUACUUACUAAAAUUAUGUGUUUAUGAGUGUCAGUUUUCUGUGUUGUAUUCAUAAUGUCAUUUUUUAAAUGGAAGUAUAGUUUCUAAAACCUGAUUUAAGUUACCUUUUUGUGUGUGAAGAUGGUGUGAAGCCUAUCUACUAGUAUUGUAAGUAUUUAAUAUUUUAAUAUUGUCACAAAUAAAUGUAAUAUUGAAUAUGACGUACGUAUUAUUAGGAUUAGUUUGAUCAGUAUUUAUUGCUCAAAUAUUAAGUACCAUGAUAAAAGUAACU